CCCCCCACAAGGAAGCGGUGGUUGUGGGAGCUUUGUUGGAGGAAAAUAGCAUCAGGACAUGUGUGUCCUUCCCACGUUGUGGCAUCGGCACCAACACACCAGCGGGCUGCAAGCUGGGGGGAAGCUAUAUUCUAGUGGAGGGCACUGAGAGUGCAGAUAACCUCCCUGUUAAUUAGGCAAACCAUUUGCAGCUGUCAUUUCAAGGCAAGAAGAAUAACAACUUGGAGGUUGGGGGGGCGGGGGGGGGAGGAAGCUCAUAUCCAUCCCUCUUUAAUUAAAGGUAGUGCCAACUAGUGACUGUCACCACCAGUGCCAGGGAGUGGCCUGACUGAAAACCCUGUUUCACAGGAAUCCGCCUCGCCCGUGGCACAUUGAGACAUGCAGGAAGGUGUGACUGACAUCAGAGCUCUACGAGCAAAAUUUCAAAAUGACUCUAACUUGGCCAACAAGCUGGUGCAGCCACGCAAGAAGCUUCCCCCUAAGAUUGCACCCAAACCGGGCUCUAGAGGUAACGCCGUGUCCAGCCCUCUGCCUCUGAGUAAGAGAGAAGUGAUAACACCAAAACCCAAGGAUGAACCUGUCCAUCCUGCCUCCCAACCCUCUGCACUCACCCAAUGCAACCCCUUGGCAUGGCCAAGAGCCAAGCUGGGUUACAUGGAGCCAACAGAGCACAAUGAAGAGCAGAAAGGCAACAACUCAGAGAAAGGGCUGAGCUCUCCCAAGAGUGGUCCAGAGAAGCCUCUGCCAUCCUAUUGCGUUGAUUGGCAAGGAUCAACCCAAACAGCCCCAGAGGACCCUUCGCUCUCAAAUUCUUUCCAGCAUGCCCUAAAGAUCUGGGAAAAUGCUUUAUCCUGUGGUGAGAAAGCCAAUGUAAUACUCCCAACCCAACGGGCAACAAACUUGUAUGUGCACCCUUGCCCGGAGCAGAGGGCGAUGCGUGCUCCAACUGCAUCGGGUGGCAGGACUCAACCCUCUGGAAGCAAGCCCGUGCUGGACCUGCCUGCCCAGAAGAAGGAUGCUCUGCGUGGCCGUGGGCUGGCUCUUCCUCAGGCAUCCAGAGGACACAGAGGCUCUGAUGGAGUUGUUCCUGAGAUCGCGGUGGCAACUGCAUUCUGCCAGCUGGGUUAUCUCCCACCAAAAAAGGAACCUCAGCACCAGAAAGAAUCGGAGCCCCCCUUCUGCCAGCCUGGAGCAGGGAAUUGGUCUUACAGCCCCGGCAGCAAGUGGCCAAGAGUUAAACUUCUGCCUUCAGUUGAAUCCCUGGGUCCAGCCCCUGAGAAGCCAGCAAGACCCCCAAAGUUUGAUCUCAGUGCCUUCCGAAGCACCGUGCUUUCCGUCCGCAGAGGAAAUGAAACAACUGCUGAUGAAGAGGAUUACUUGACUCCUGAAAGUGCUCGACUUGAAGAGCAGGAAAAUGAUGAAGAAACCUCAGUGUACCUGAAUCAGCCUGGGGACGCCAAAACCUUGUGUGUCAUUGAAGUACCAAAGGAAGAGCCUGAAGAAGACAAGAAACAGAAGACUUUUUUCUUUGCCAAAUCCAGUCCUGGAAGAACUAUAAUAGAGGAUGAAAAAGAGGAAAAAACAAGUCUUGAAAGAGAGAAACAUGAAGGAAAAAAAAUUUUUGAAACAGGUGGAAACAAAUACAUAUCUGCCAUCAGCCAAACUGAGGAAGAUGGUAGAGGUGGGAUGAAGGUGCCACAUGGGAAGCAGUAUGUGACCAGUACCCAGACUGCAAGGCCCCCAACCCCACAAGGGCUGGCAAAAGACGGAGCAGAGUUCUUGCCCUAUGUGUACGUUGAUGCUUCAAAGCCAGGGGUGGAAGGAACAGCCUUGAACCGAAACACUUUGCCAUCUCUGCAGGCACCAGAGGAUAUAUAUGAUGACGUUGGGGAAAUACAAGAUAGACUCAGCCAAGCAUCAGACACCUCAAGUCAGUCUGCAUCAGCCAGCAUUUCAGGAAGCAACUGCGAAGAAACAUAUGAAGAUGUUGACAUUGGGGGUGAUAAUCCAGCAAAAUCAGAAACAGAAAAGGAAAAGAGAUUUGGAAACUUGUUUAAGAUUGACAAGUUGAAGCUGAGGAACAUCAAGCUCAAGGAAAACUUCAGAUUGUUUUCCGUCUCAAUAUCAAAUUUAGCGGCUGUUUCCCAGGAGGAUGCGGUGUACGACGACGUCGAGAUGGGGCAGGGAGAGCCGAGAGAGAAGGAUGACAAGUACAAAACCUGGAGGCCAAAAUUUCUGCUGGCAAGAGAGGAUAAGGACCAAAGGAAAAGCAGCGAUGAUGUGGAAAGAAAGAUCUUCAAAGUCAAGAAGAGUAAUUCAGAAAAAAGCAAGAAGAUGGAAAAAGAAGAGAAGAUUUUUAGAGAAACAUUUAUGUACGAUAAGGACAUCAACGUCAUCAACACAGCCACGGCCGAGUGCUCGGUCCCCAGUAAGAGGAGCGUUGAUCUCCCACUCACAGCUGGAGAGCAGCUGGAUGUUAUCGAUGUCACGGAGGGCAACGCAGUGAUUUGCCGCAAUUCGGAGGGCAGAUAUGGAUAUGUUCUAGUGGAGCAUUUGAACUUCAGACAGUACUAAAACUGCUCCGAGAACUGCUCUCCCCUGGAGCACCCCUGAAGGUCUCUUCUGUGCUUCAUGAGAGUCCACAUUGGUCAGCUGUGGAGAGCUGAUGUGAUUGUAAAUAAAGUUUUAUUUUUUAUGCUUAAACAUGCAA